AUGACGGUUCCCAACGAUCCUAGGCAACUUGGGGAAGCCAUAGUUCAGCAGGUAAAUCUGCUUCAUACGUCACCAGAAGCUGCCAAGAGCGUCACAGCAGCAUUGGAAGAGUUUCAACAUCACCCUCGGGCUUUGGAAACGAUACGUCUGCUGCUGUCGAAUCCUUCUGGCACGCCCAUUCAAGCGGAGCAUUAUGCUGCACACACUUUGGCGACCAAAAUCCAGCUGAAGGCAGUUCCUGCUGGAAACGCGGAGUUUUUGAAGCAGUUGUUGGAGUGGGUAGGCUUGUAUAGUACUGGGUCGUCCCAUGGGGCUACGGGAGCGGUGCUGAGGCAACUCUCGCAGGCUACGGCAGAUUAUCUCUUACUGAGCAACCAGCAGUUGAAGAGUAAUGGACAACAGACUGCUGACUUGAUGGAGGCUAUAACGUGGGCCAUCGUCGGACCUCAUUUGAAUCUUGGUAUGGGCAACCUUAGAUCCUUGCCGCCUAUGGGGAAGCUGGCCAUAUUGUCGCAGCUACCUGAUGAAUUGAUGAGUACUAAGCUGUUCCUGCAUGCUGUGGAUCGGGGAGCGGUCACGGACGAUAUGGUGACUAAGUACUGCUCGAAGGUGCUCAGCCUUGUCGAUGAGAUGAGCUCGAAUACUAAGGAUGCUAGUGUAACUGGAGAAUGCAUUGUAGUGUUCCGAAAAUGGAUCAAGCUGGCGAGGUUUUCCAGCAAGGCUCGCAAUCGUCGGUCGAUGGGAGACAGAGCAGCCAACGAGCUAGUGUUGCCGGCAAUUUUAAAUCUGAGUAUCUUCAGGAACGUUCUUGUGGCCUUCCACAGCUCGAGCACACCGGUGUCGGUGAUGGAGCAGUGUGCUUUCGUGCUGAGCGAAUGUUUAUCGGUGACGACAGACACUACUGAUAAGGACAGCGGAAGUUUCGAGAUGGUCCUGGCUAUAGCCGAGGCGAUCGUUAUGUUGGGACGACAGCUGUCAGAGGCUAUCCCGGCAGGCACGGAUUCGUUCAUAUCGGAGACUACCAAAUACGACUGGGAAUUGAUACAAAGGAGCAAAUUGAUGUGUCGGUUACUAUCCGAGUUUGGCCUCACACACUUCUUCCCGUUGGUUGUUCUGGCCUCCCCUAGUGUUGAACACCCUGAAAAAGAGAGGAUCAAGGCGGUGGUGACGGCUAUACUGCAGUUGGCUCUUCACUUCGUGAGAGUUAGACAUGUGGAGUUGGCGGGAACUGCUCUCGAGUUUUGGUAUUCGGCAUUGAGUGGAUUCCUAGGAGCAUCUAGUCUGGAGGAUGAGGAGGAUGACCUUUUCUUUGACGCUAGCACACAGGGGACUGCUGAGGGCAGCUCUCGAUCGUUGAUGGCGUUGUUAGGAGCUCGAGAACAGCGCAUAGCAGAAAGGGUCUUGCAACAUCAGAAUCAAGAAAUGACGCUGCCCUUCCUCGAACCCUGGUUCAAGGAGCUUGUGCCGGCUCUGCUCAUCGCGAUAUGUUGUCCGGCUGAUAUCGAGAAGGCUGAUCAGGACGAGGGGUUUGAGAUCGAGCCCUUUGUGGAUUUCCGGGAGUCUUGCGCCCAAGUGAUAUCUGAUAGCUGCUCGAUAGUCGAUCCUGAGUGGAUCAUUGAACAGAUUGGAGAAACACUCUCACAGUGUUGUCAGACGGAUCAGGCCUCUGGGUUGGUCCGUGCGCCUUGGCAACGUGUGGAAGCAUGUAUAUAUGUGCUCACAGCGGUAGCGCCCAAAGCAGUUGCUGGACAGGAUGAGGUUAUCCCGGGGCUCUUGCGAUUGCUGCCCAAGUUGGACUAUCCACGUGAGGGACUACCUGCCUUGCUGUUGAGGACGGGAGCUGGUCGUAUAGUACUGUAUACCAGCUGCUACUUAGCUGAGCAGAAGGAGUUGUGUGUAACGCUGCUUAACUUCUUUUGUGAAACUAUUAUACCGGUGCUUCCCACAGUAUCGACUAGUGGUGGUGCCUCUAGGGAUAUUCUUAAACUAUCACAGAAAGUGUGCACGGAUGCUGUUAAAACGGUUUUGAUGGCGUCUCGAAUGAUGUUGGUGCAGAGCGUGGCGACUAAGGAUAGGCAGCAAUGGGAGCACCUUGUUCAGGGUUUGGCAUCGGUGUGCUUGCUGCAAACACUGGAUAUUGAUGCACGAAUUAGUAUUGUUACGGGCAUUGGCUCAGUCUUUGCAGUGUUGCCGGACUGGGAACAGAUCACAGCUAGUUUGAAGGACUUCUGCAGGUUAACGGCUGAGCCCCUGUCGAAGUCUCUACAGGACUAUCGGCCACCACAUAAUAAUAUGGUGUCUGGUCCACCGGCGGUGAAGCUGUUCAUAGCCAGCUUGAGCUGUUGUGGGCACAUUCGCAACGACUACUCCGCCGAUGAUGAACCUUCCACUCAUCCACUGCUAGCGAAUCUGGAAGAGUACUGGUCGACUGUCCAGCAGGUGGUGAUGUCCGUCGUUAUAUACCAUCAGGAUCUAUCUCAACAGCUUUGUGUAGCAUUCGGACAUAUCUUUGCUUACACCCGAGAUGUGGCACCUCAGUCGGCAGUUUUCAUACCAACACUACAACUGGUAUCAGAAGCAUUCAGAGCGGCACCGUUGAGCUGUUGGAUGCAGUUGGUGAGAACUUUCGUCGCACUAUUUGGGGAACUUACGCGGGUCCAUACAGAGUUGGUCAACACCUUGUGUGAUCUUAGUGCUACCUUUGUUGCUCAUAGUUCAUCUUUGCAACAGAGUAACAUGUCGCUGACGGCUCUAACAACUGACGAGAGUAAGAUGGUAGCAGAGACGUACUUGGUGUUGGGGGAAGUGUUGAGAUUCGUCGAUCUGGUGCAUGUGGUACUGCCAGCUGGGUGGCUGUUGCCGACGACCAAGUUGGCCAUUGCAUGUUUAGAGGCUGCCCCUAUUGAUGCGCAAACUCAACCUGCUAUAGCGGCAAUGUUGCACUUUCUUGAACGUCUGGUUACGUGGACGGACCCUCCGCCGAUUAUUCAUGCCGCGGAAGAUACCGAGAGAGUCUGCCAAGAGAAUUGCCAGCUGGUUCGGCAAAUACUCCUGUCAUCGUUCUCGAAUGAUGCUUCCGGUGGUACGGUAUUGGAUCAUAUGCUGUUGGCUCUGGUGGAGAUAUGGGCUGAUAAAUGUGAUGGAUACCCACAGGUUCUGCCCACCACUGGAGGUGUACUUCGGACCAUGCUCCUCUCGAGCUUCCAGGACCGAACUGUGGAGUCUCUGAAUAAGGUUAUGGUGGAGCCUCUGAACUUCCUAUCACCUGAGCAGAGGCAGAAUGUGGUAUCUAAGCUGGUUGGGGAUAGGGCUGAUGUGAGGGUUUUCGGGCGGAUCGUUCAAACGAUGGCGAAAGAGUUUCACGCUGAAAGGAAGAGAGCGAAGUACGGCAGCUCGUCAAUUUGAAGCGGAGCGAAGCAACUUAUACUGCCGAAAAAAGACUACU